AUGCUGAGCAAAGGCCAGAGUCCCAGAGGACAGUAAGAGCAGUCAACUCGGAGCAAAGCUGCCCUGGUCCCAAGUGUGAAUCCCACGGUCCCAGCAGGGUCUAUGCGGUUGUCAAUGAGCCCCGUGCUGUCAGCUUUCAUGAGCGAGCUCCCCGGCUGGCUCCUGUUCUCUGGGAUCUUCCUGCCCGUGACGUUGCUGCUGCUUCUCCUCAUCGCCUACUUCAGGAUCAAACUGAUUGAGGUUAAUGAAGAACUCUCCCAGGCUCCUGACCGCCAACACAAUCGUAGGAAUGGCUCUUCCCUGUACCAGAGAAUGAAACGAAAAUGA